AUGGUGGCGGGUCUUUGCAAAGAGGAGUCGCUGCCUCUGUGCAAGUCUCAAAUGAAGAUGAAGUCUGCGGCCGUGGUGGAUGGAGGCUUGUUUACAGAGAGCUACUGUAACAUCUGCAACGCCCAACUCAUCUCUGAGUCUCAGCGCACUGCUCACUAUGAGAGUAAGAAGCACGCCAAUAAAGUACGUUUGUUCUACAUGCUUCACCCUGAGGAUGGAGGACCGCCAUCUAAACGGCUCAGACCAGACAACCCAGACUGUGCAGAGACUGAAGUGGACCGGAACAAGUGCUGUACACUAUGUAACAUGUUCUUCACCUCUGCCAUCGUGGCUCAGUCACACUAUCAAGGCAAGACACACGCCAAGAGAGUCCGAUUGGUGUUGGGGGAGCCGCCUGCAGCGCUCAACAGUCCUUCAAAUCCAGAUUCUUCACCACCAACUCCACUGCCUAUCGAGCCAAACUCGAGCCCCAAUCCUUCGCCCAUGUUGCCCUGGCCAGUAACUGUGGUUGGGGCAAAUGGUGGGAGAGAGGCGGGAAAAUACUGUUGCCUUUGCGGAGCCUGGUUCAAUAAUCCACUGAUGGCACAACAACACUACGAAGGCAAGAAACACAGAAGGAACGCUGCCCGGGCACGUCUCCUGGAGCAGUUAGCCGGCAGUCUGGAUGCCACGGAAAGCACAGGGUUACGCAGUAGCUAUUCCUGCAACGUCUGCAGUGUCGUCCUUAACUCCAUCGAGCAGUACCAUGCACACCUCCAGGGCUCCAAGCACCAAAACAACCUGAAGCAGCACCAGCAGUGA